AUGUAAGCUUUAUCUCUUUAGAAGCUUGUGUUAUCAGCACAAUAAAUGGCUUAGAAAGAACAUUUUGCUGGUAGUUGGGAAUCACUAGUAGAUAUGUUUGAUAAACGUUUACAACUAUACAAAUAUAACAGAGUUUCUUUAAUAACUGAAUGCAAACCAACAAUUGGUAUAGAGUUUUAUCCUGCCAUUAAAAAUGAAAAAGAUCUUUUGAAUCACAUCAUGCGACUUCACCUCUACUUACCAUAAGUUUUUUUUAAUUAGGCACAAUUUUAUGAGUUUAGUACAGCUCUUGAUGACAGGAACAUAUUCGAUAGAAGGAAUGUAGGGUAUUUUUGUUUUUCUCAUUGAAGUUCUCUCUUGGGCAUGGCCUUUAUGGGAAUCGUUGGCUUCUUAGCCUUAGGUUUUACUAUCAUGGGUAUGAUAGCUGGAGGAGUUCUAGGAGUUAUGCUUGGUAGAUACGCAGGUCGUCGUAUGAAGAAAACAUUUACAUCUUAAAAGGUAUUAUUGGAAUUUGAUAUCUAUUCAAUCAGAUUACGUUGUUAUAUUAAAUGGGCAGAAGAGAGAGGUAAAACUUAUAGAUAUAAUGUUAAUUUUGUAAGAUUUAUAGCAGAGAAAUUGUUAUUGGAAACAAAGACUGCUUUGCAUUACAAAUAAUUCAAUGCUGAUUAACAAAAAUAAGCUAAAAAGAUUAUACUUAAAGUUGCUGAAAUCUUCAAAGAGAAAUAUUUCAUUCAUGCUCUCAUUCUAUCUCUAAAAAUGUCACAUGAAUACUUAAGAAUUUUGAGAUUAUUAAGUGAAAAUAGUGAAUUGAAUCGUGGAGACAUUGAAGAAUUUCAGCAUUUCAAAAAUUUUAGAGCUGAACUUGAAGUUUGUUUAAUGAAGGCUAUAGACAAUGUCUUAAGACCCUUAGUUCGAUUAUUAGAGGAUUCUAAUCCAAAAUCAAAAGUACUGAAAAAAAUUAGAGAUUAAGCAAAAUGUUUCUUAAUUUAAAAGGAUGUCAUACAAUUAACCAAAUAAUAUCCAGAUCCACAAAUGAGAAUUACCUAUAUUAAGAUGUUAGCUGAAAAGAUGAAACAAUCCAUCAAAAAUGACAGUAUAAUUUCUUAUUUGAAAAAAUAACAUUUUAGAGAUAUUGAACAAAUUGGUAUUGUUAUAGAUCAAUAGAUUGAUUAAUAAUAAAUUGAAUAAAAAUAAAUAGGAGAUAUUAAGUAAAUUGAAUUAGAAAUUAUUUAAGAAGAAAAUGAAUAAAAUCUUACUCCUAAAUAAUAAUUAAAAUCUCAAUAUUCUGCUGGUAGUGAAUCAGAAUUUUAACCUUUACAAGAAGAUUGUCUAAAAUCAUCCCAAAAACUAUAAGAAUUAUAAUUAAAAAUAACUCAACAUCCAAAUUUAGUUUUUAUUGAUUCUAAUUAAGGAGAUUAAAUUAUUUAAAAUUCUCUGGCCUAAUCUUUGAGUUAAGCUGAUAUUAAACAAAUCCUUGAACCUGAGUAAUAAGUCUCUUUAUAACAUCGUUAAUCUGUUGAUAUCAAUUAAUAAAUUGUAUAAUAUUCUGAGGAGACAACAAAAAAAUUUGAACUCUUUCUCCAAUUUUAUGAGGAAUCAACUGAUUCUUGGGAAUGUGUUACUACUAAAGAUGAUAUCUAUAUAUACAAAUCAAUGAAACCAGGUUGUGGUAGUGUAUUUUUGAAAGGACAUUCAUUCAUUUACAGCCAUGAUAAAUAAGUUGUCUUUAAUGCAGUGUAUUAGAAGGAAUUUAGAACUAAAUGGGACAAAAUUAUGCAGAAAUUUAAUAUAGUGAGACAUGAACGAGAAGAUAUUGAUAUUAUGUAUUAUGUUGUUGUUCCUCCAAUUCCAAUUGUAAGUACUAGAGAAUGGUUAUAAAGGAGAGUAUUAAGAUAUGAUUUUCCUUAUAAGGGAUAAAUAUGUCUGUUGUUUUAUUCAGUUGAUCUACCAGAAUUUCCAAUUACUAAGAAUCCAGUACGAGCCCAUACUGAAAUUGCUGGUAUUUACAAUAUACUUUAAUUAAAGGUUAUGUUUUUGAGAAUACCUCUUCUGGUACUAAAAUUACAUUUGUCUCUAAUAAUGAUAUUAAAGGCUCAAUUCCUAAAUUGUUGGUUAAUCAUGCUAGCGCAAAGGGUCCAUUUGGAUGGUUUGGUAAUUUGCGUAAAGCUUGUGAUUUAUAUCGAAAACACAAUGGCGAUCUCAGUAGAAUAGUUAUAUCAUGA